AUGCGCAUUGCGUCCUGCUUUUGGCCGCUCCGCGCAUCGCGCCGACCAGGCCGCCGCCGUCGCAAUGCGCAAUGCGGCCACCCUGCCGGCCGCAUUGCGACGAUCCGCCACCACUAUCAUAUACACUCUCAUCCCCUCUUAUACACUCCCCAACACACUCAUACACUCUCAUCCCUGCUCAUCCCCUAUCAUCCCCUCUCAUCCCCUCUCAUCCCCUCUCAUCCCCUAUCAUCCCAUCUUAUACACUCUCACCCACUCUCAUACGCUCUCAUUCCCUCUCACCCACUCUCAUACGCUCUCAUUCCCUCUCACCCACUCUCAUACUCUCUCAUUCCCUCUCACCCACUCUCAUACGCUCUCAUUCCCUCUCACCCACUCUCAUACGCUCUCAUUCCCUCUCACCCACUCUCAUACGCUCUCAUUCCCUCUCACCCACUCUCAUACUCUCUCAUUCCCUCUCACCCACACUCAUACGCUCUCAUUCCCUCUCACCCACACUCAUACGCUCUCAUUCCCUCUCACCCACACUCAUACGCUCCCAUUCCCUCUCACCCACUCUCAUACGCUCUCAUUCCCUCUCACCCACUCUCAUACGCUCUCAUUCCCUCUCACCCACUCUCAUACUCUCUCAUUCCCUCUCACCCACUCUCAUACGCUCUCAUUCCCUCUCACCCACUCUCAUACUCUCUCAUUCCCUCUCAUCCACUCUCAUCAACUCUCAUACGCUCUCAACCCCUCCCACCCACUCUCAUCCCCUCUCAUCCCCUCUCACACACUCUCAUUCCCACUCAUCUCCUCUCGUCCUAUCUCACACACUAUCAUUCCCCCACAUUCACUCUCAUCUACUAUCAUACACUCAUAUUCACUCUCAUCCCCUCUCAUCCCCUCUCAUCCACUCUCAUCCCCUCUCAUCCACUCUCAUUCCCUCUCACCCACUCUCAUACGCUCUCAUUCCCUCUCACCCACACUCAUACGCUCUCAUUCCCUCUCACCCACUCUCAUACGCUCUCAUUCCCUCUCACCCACUCUCAUACGCUCUCAUUCCCUCUCACCCACUCUCAUACUCUCUCAUUCCCUCUCACCCACACUCAUACGCUCUCAUUCCCUCUCACCCACACUCAUACGCUCUCAUUCCCUCUCACCCACACUCAUACGCUCCCAUUCCCUCUCACCCACUCUCAUACGCUCUCAUUCCCUCUCACCCACUCUCAUACGCUCUCAUCCCCUCUCAUCCACUCUCAUAUGCUCUCAUUCCCUCUCACCCACCCUCACACCCUCUCAUUCCCUCUCACACACUCUCAUACGCUCUCAUUCCCUCUCACCCACUCUCAUACCCUCUCAUUCCCUCUCACCCACUCUCAUACUCUCUCAUUCCCUCUCACCCACUCUCAUACGCUCUCAUUCCCUCUCACCCACACUCCUACGCUCUCAUUCCCUCUCACCCACUCUCAUACGCUCUCAUUCCCUCUCACCCACUCUCAUACGCUCUCAUUCCCUCUCACCCACUCUCAUACUCUCUCAUUCCCUCUCACCCACACUCAUACGCUCUCAUUCCCUCUCACCCACACUCAUACGCUCUCAUUCCCUCUCACCCACACUCAUACGCUCCCAUUCCCUCUCACCCACUCUCAUACGCUCUCAUUCCCUCUCACCCACUCUCAUACGCUCUCAUUCCCUCUCACCCACUCUCAUACUCUCUCAUUCCCUCUCAUCCACUCUCAUCAACUCUCAUACGCUCUCAACCCCUCCCACCCACUCUCAUCCCCUCUCAUCCCCUCUCACACACUCUCAUUCCCACUCAUCUCCUCUCGUCCUAUCUCACACACUAUCAUUCCCCCACAUUCACUCUCAUCUACUAUCAUACACUCAUAUUCACUCUCAUCCCCUCUCAUCCCCUCUCAUCCACUCUCAUCCCCUCUCAUCCACUCUCAUUCCCUCUCACCCACUCUCAUACGCUCUCAUUCCCUCUCACCCACACUCAUACGCUCUCAUUCCCUCUCACCCACUCUCAUACGCUCUCAUUCCCUCUCACCCACUCUCAUACGCUCUCAUUCCCUCUCACCCACUCUCAUACUCUCUCAUUCCCUCUCACCCACACUCAUACGCUCUCAUUCCCUCUCACCCACACUCAUACGCUCUCAUUCCCUCUCACCCACACUCAUACGCUCCCAUUCCCUCUCACCCACUCUCAUACGCUCUCAUUCCCUCUCACCCACUCUCAUACGCUCUCAUCCCCUCUCAUCCACUCUCAUACGCUCUCAUUCCCUCUCACCCACCCUCACACCCUCUCAUUCCCUCUCACACACUCUCAUACGCUCUCAUUCCCUCUCACCCACUCUCAUACCCUCUCAUUCCCUCUCACCCACUCUCAUACUCUCUCAUUCCCUCUCACCCACUCUCAUACGCUCUCAUUCCCUCUCACCCACACUCAUACGCUCUCAUUCCCUCUCACCCACUCUCAUACGCUCUCAUUCCCUCUCACCCACUCUCAUACGCUCUCAUUCCCUCUCACCCACUCUCAUACUCUCUCAUUCCCUCUCACCCACACUCAUACGCUCUCAUUCCCUCUCACCCACACUCAUACGCUCUCAUUCCCUCUCACCCACACUCAUACGCUCCCAUUCCCUCUCACCCACUCUCAUACGCUCUCAUUCCCUCUCACCCACUCUCAUACGCUCUCAUUCCCUCUCACCCACUCUCAUACUCUCUCAUUCCCUCUCACCCACUCUCAUACGCUCUCAUUCCCUCUCACCCACACUCAUACGCUCUCAUUCCCUCUCACCCACUCUCAUACGCUCUCAUUCCCUCUCACCCACUCUCAUACGCUCUCAUUCCCUCUCACCCACUCUCAUACUCUCUCAUUCCCUCUCACCCACACUCAUACGCUCUCAUUCCCUCUCACCCACACUCAUACGCUCUCAUUCCCUCUCACCCACACUCAUACGCUCCCAUUCCCUCUCACCCACUCUCAUACGCUCUCAUUCCCUCUCACCCACUCUCAUACUCUCUCAUUCCCUCUCAUCCACUCUCAUCAACUCUCAUACGCUCUCAACCCCUCCCAUCCACUCUCAUCCCCUCUCAUCCCCUCUCACACACUCUCAUUCCCACUCAUCUCCUCUCGUCCUAUCUCACACACUAUCAUUCCCCCACAUUCACUCUCAUCUACUAUCAUACACUCAUAUUCACUCUCAUCCGCUCUCAUCCCCUCUCAUCCACUCUCAUCCCCUCUCAUCCACUCUCGUUCACCUUCACACACUCUCAUUCCCUCUCAUACACUCUCGUACCCUCUCUUCCACUCACAUUCCCUCUCAUCCCUUCUCUUCCACUCUCAACCCCUCUCAUCCCAUCUCUUCCACUCUCAUUCCCUCUCAUCCCCUCUCCUACACUCUAAUCCCCCCUCAUACACUCUCAUUUCCACUCAUCCCCUCUCAUUCACUCUCGUUCCCUCUCAUCCCCUCUCAUUCACGUUCAUCCCCUUUCAUCCCCUCUCAUCCCCUCUCAUCCACUCUCAUACGCUCUCAUUCCCUCUCACCCACUCUCAUACUCUCUCAUUCCCUCUCACCCACACUCAUACGCUCUCAUUCCCUCUCACCCACUCUCAUACUCUCUCAUUCCCUCUCACCCACACUCAUACGCUCUCAUUCCCUCUCACCCACACUCAUACGCUCUCAUUCCCUCUCACCCACACUCAUACGCUCCCAUUCCCUCUCACCCACUCUCAUACGCUCUCAUUCCCUCUCACCCACUCUCAUACGCUCUCAUUCCCUCUCACCCACUCUCAUACUCUCUCAUUCCCUCUUAUCCACUCUCAUCAACUCUCAUACGCUCUCAACCCCUCCCACCCACUCUCAUCCCCUCUCAUCCCCUCUCACACACUCUCAUUCCCACUCAUCUCCUCUCGUCCUAUCUCACACACUAUCAUUCCCCCACAUUCACUCUCAUCUACUAUCAUACACUCAUAUUCACUCUCAUCCCCUCUCAUCCCCUCUCAUCCACUCUCAUCCCCUCUCAUCCACUCUCAUUCCCUCUCACCCACUCUCAUACGCUCUCAUUCCCUCUCACCCACACUCAUACGCUCUCAUUCCCUCUCACCCACUCUCAUACGCUCUCAUUCCCUCUCACCCACUCUCAUACGCUCUCAUUCCCUCUCACCCACUCUCAUACUCUCUCAUUCCCUCUCACCCACACUCAUACGCUCUCAUUCCCUCUCACCCACACUCAUACGCUCUCAUUCCCUCUCACCCACACUCAUACGCUCCCAUUCCCUCUCACCCACUCUCAUACGCUCUCAUUCCCUCUCACCCACUCUCAUACGCUCUCAUCCCCUCUCAUCCACUCUCAUACGCUCUCAUUCCCUCUCACCCACCCUCACACCCUCUCAUUCCCUCUCACACACUCUCAUACGCUCUCAUUCCCUCUCACCCACUCUCAUACCCUCUCAUUCCCUCUCACCCACUCUCAUACUCUCUCAUUCCCUCUCACCCACUCUCAUACGCUCUCAUUCCCUCUCACCCACACUCAUACGCUCUCAUUCCCUCUCACCCACUCUCAUACGCUCUCAUUCCCUCUCACCCACUCUCAUACGCUCUCAUUCCCUCUCACCCACUCUCAUACUCUCUCAUUCCCUCUCACCCACACUCAUACGCUCUCAUUCCCUCUCACCCACACUCAUACGCUCUCAUUCCCUCUCACCCACACUCAUACGCUCCCAUUCCCUCUCACCCACUCUCAUACGCUCUCAUUCCCUCUCACCCACUCUCAUACGCUCUCAUUCCCUCUCACCCACUCUCAUACUCUCUCAUUCCCUCUCACCCACUCUCAUACGCUCUCAUUCCCUCUCACCCACACUCAUACGCUCUCAUUCCCUCUCACCCACUCUCAUACGCUCUCAUUCCCUCUCACCCACUCUCAUACGCUCUCAUUCCCUCUCACCCACUCUCAUACUCUCUCAUUCCCUCUCACCCACACUCAUACGCUCUCAUUCCCUCUCACCCACACUCAUACGCUCUCAUUCCCUCUCACCCACACUCAUACGCUCCCAUUCCCUCUCACCCACUCUCAUACGCUCUCAUUCCCUCUCACCCACUCUCAUACUCUCUCAUUCCCUCUCAUCCACUCUCAUCAACUCUCAUACGCUCUCAACCCCUCCCAUCCACUCUCAUCCCCUCUCAUCCCCUCUCACACACUCUCAUUCCCACUCAUCUCCUCUCGUCCUAUCUCACACACUAUCAUUCCCCCACAUUCACUCUCAUCUACUAUCAUACACUCAUAUUCACUCUCAUCCGCUCUCAUCCCCUCUCAUCCACUCUCAUCCCCUCUCAUCCACUCUCGUUCACCUUCACACACUCUCAUUCCCUCUCAUACACUCUCGUACCCUCUCUUCCACUCACAUUCCCUCUCAUCCCUUCUCUUCCACUCUCAACCCCUCUCAUCCCAUCUCUUCCACUCUCAUUCCCUCUCAUCCCCUCUCCUACACUCUAA